AUGGCUGACGAUUCCAUUAUGCAACCCGCAGCUGAGAAAUUCCUGAGUGAUUAUGGGAUGAUUUGGAUUGGUUCAGAAAAGGAUGAGGCCAGCAAUGUGUAUUUGAAGGAAGAGGAGGAGCCUCAGAAGCUUCCCAAUCCCAGUGAACUACCUUCAUACCGAGGUGAUGCAGCUUUGGAACCUUUUCAAAUGGACUUUGAUUUGGUUCUAGAAAAUAUAAAAGACUUGAAUGUUCUGGCUGGUGAAGGCGAAGCUAGGGUGGAACACAUCACAGGCGGAGCUCGGCUAAAGAGACCAGACCCUGUACCACUCUCACUCUUCAAGAAUGGAAUUGUGAUGUUUAAUGGUCCAUUCAGAUCAUAUGAUGAACCUUCAACUCAGCAUUGCAUGCAGGAUAUCAUGGAUGGAUAUUUCCCUUCUGAGCUGCAGAACAGGUACCCAGAAGGAGUUCCAUUUAAGGUGACUGACAGGCGAGAUCUGAUCUUCCGGGACAGACAGUCACAUGCAGAAUUCCCUGGCAUGGGACAAACGAUAGAAGGCUGCUGUACCCCUCGAGUCUCCAAACAGCAGGAUUGUGGGGUUGUAAAGGAGACAAGUGAAAUUCCAGGCCCAAAGCUGUCAGCGGAUCAGUUUCUGAACAAACUGCCUAAAACUAUCAUCCGGGCUGGGAAGGUGAUUGACAUCAGAGGAGACAUCAGAGACAUUCUUCAGGUCCCUCCCAAACCAGCCCAUGAAAAUACGAUUCUGAUUGAAACUCCAACUCUAGCAAAACUGAGAGAGAGGUUGGCGCUCAGUGAGGAAAAUGACCGAACAUUGAGAAAAGUCUCCACGCUCAGAAUCAAGUCAGAGAAUGGAGAGAAGGUGUACAUAGUUAAAAUGCUUUUCACAGAGACAGUUGGGGCCCUUCGCACUUACCUCAAUCAGAACAGGGCACAGCAACAGGUUGAUUACGACAUUAUCAGCACCUUCCCUCAACAAGUCUACAGCGAUCAGUCCAAGACUCUGAAGGAGUAUGGGCUCGUUCCAAAUGCCACGCUAAUCCUCCGAGCCCGAAAACCACAGCUCCUUGACCAAGAGAAGGGUGCGCUCAGUCUGGAUGAGGAAUAAUCUCAAUAGAAGAAGGACCUCCAGUCCAGCUGCUAGUGAUUCAACACCUUUCCAUUCCCCUCAAACCCAAGCUGGGAAAAUAAGUUCACAAUCACCCACAAACACUGGGAGGAAAUCAUAGCAACUGAGUCUCAGUGAACGUAAGGUCCAGAGAAAACUCCGAAGUAUAUUAACAAAAGUUAUCAGCAACUCUUGGAUUCUUUACUCUUUUGUUUUCCGUUUAAACAGUCAGUUUUGACACAAAUGACCAGUUGCUGGUUGCAAUGAUAAAUGUCCAAAAUAACCAGUUAAUGACCAAUUGACUUGCAAAUUCAGUAACAACGAUGUCAUCAAGGUUAAUGGCGAGACUUCUCUAACCCCAUCCUCCACACUCUCACACAUCUACAGUCAUGCAAAUUUAAACUAAUUUAUCAUCACCCACAAUCAGCUAAACCUGCUGUGAAAAAUAAAGCAAAAGGUUUGUCUGUGUUGUUUAAUUUUCACUUCUAAGUCACUAAAACCAGACCGUGACAGACAUCUCCCAGGUCCUGCCUGCAGUUAUUCUUUUAGCCUUCAUCAGAACACAAACAUUUAAAUAAUAGAAUUUAGCCCAUGGUAAAACAGACUGUAGUGCAGGUAUUGGUAAUUUUCCCAUCCCAGCAAAACAUUUUUAAUAAACAUUUUAAUAAAAGUUGGUAAGUGAAAAUGAAGGCUGCCUAUUUAGCAAUAUCUAGGAAAACUUAUUCUUUUGCUAAGUUCUGCAAUCAAUUGAUUAGAUUUGCAAUGCAGAGUGUUACCUACAGCGUGGAUUCAACUCCCACAUCGGCUGAGGUUACCAUGAAGGACUCUCCUUCUCAACCUCUCCCCUCACCUAAGGUAUGGUGACCCUCCAGUAAAACUGCCACCAGUUGUCUCUCUCAAUUGAGAAGCAGGCCCUGUGGUCUGGUAAGUCUAUGUUGGCUUUACCUUUUACAAUCAACUCCACCCUUCAAACAGAGUUCAGACCAGUGAGACAGUUGAGUGUUUUUAGGAGGACAGGUCCUGAUUUUCACUGAAAGGCACAGAAACACACUGCCACUAACUCUCAAUAAAUUUAUUACAAGAUCAUAGUAUCAUACAGCUACCUUCUGUGUUGUAUUAUUGUAAACUACACUGGCUUUUUCAAAGAAUAAUCCAGUUAGUCUCACUCUGCUGCUGUUACCCUACAUGACUGCAGUAUUUUCUUCACCUAUUUUAUCAUAUUCCCUUUCGAAAGCUAUUACUGAAUUUGUUUUCCACCAUUCUCUUAGGCAGUGUUGGCUGGGCCAGCAUUUAUUGCCAACUCCUAGUUGCCCAUGAGAAGGUGGUCAUGAACUGUCUUCUUGAACCACUGCAGGUUACUUGCUGUCGGUAGACCACAAUGCCAUUAGGGAGGGAUUUCAGGCUUCUGAUCCAGCAACAGAAAAGAAACGGUGAUCUAUUUCCAAAUCAGAAUGGGGAGUGGCUUGGAGGGGAACUUGCAGGUGGUGAACACCCAUCAAAAAUCUUCUUCGCCUUAUCUGAUCUAAGUAGAAUUAGCCCCACCUUGUCCAGCCUAUCCAUGUUAUGGUGAUCCCUCCUCUCCAGAAUAAUUCUGGUAAAUUGUUUCUGCAUCCUCUCCAAAGCCUUCCUGUCCUUUUUCAAGUUUGGUUCCCAGAAUUAACACAAUACUCCAGCUGGGGAUGAACUAGUGCUUAUACCAGUUUGGCAUAACUUUAUACUUUUGCACUCCAUAUUUCUUUAUAAAGCUCAGGAUCCCAUUUUACUCACCACUUUAUGAUUAUUUAACAAUCUUCAACAUCUUAGGAUUUCUGCAGGAGUUUUCCUGAUUUUCUGCUGCAACUUGGGUAGAAUUUUGCCAGUUACAUGUCCCCUUCGGCCAACCCUGAGCCAGAUCUUUAAUAUAUCUUCACCAACAUCUGGGGAAACAGCUCGAAAACAAUGUUCCUAUUCACACCAGAUAUCUGCACACUUGCACUUUCAAGACAGGAGUUACAUAGAGGAUUGGCCUGUCAGACUAACACUGCACAAGAACAAGUAGUGGGAGCAGAGGUAGGUCAAACCUGCUCCACCAUUCAAUACAAUCAUCAAUUCCACUUUCUCUCCACUCCCCAUAUCUCUCCAUUCCCUGCCAUCAAAAAUCUGUCCAGCCCAGCCAUAAAUGUAUUCAAGAAUAGAGACUCCACAACCCUUUUCAGUGAAGUAAUUUCUCUGACCAGCAGAAACAAUCUCUGAACAUCUACCCUAUCAGGCUCCUUCAGAAUCUUAAACAUUUCAAAACACUGCUUCUCGUCUUCUAAACUCCAAAGACUAUACUCUCAAUUUUCUCAGCCUGGGACAAUCUCCUUAUCCCAUGAACUAAUUUAGUGAACUUGUUCUGUACUGCCUCCAUUAGAAGUAUAUCUUUUUAAAUGUGGAGACGAAAUCUGUAUACAAUACUCUAGAAAACCCUACACAAUUGUUACAAGACUUCCUCAUUCCUGUACUCCAAACCUUUUACAAUAAAGUACAAAAUGCCAUUUUA